AUGAAAAGGACGAUAAUAAUAUUAUUAUUUGUAUCAUUAUUUGUAACAUUUGUUUUAUCACAAAUACCAGAUAAUGAUCCAGAAUUAUGUCAACAAAGAAUUCAAAGAGAGGAUUGUCCACAAACACCAGUACCAUGGGGAACAUUCAAUGACAAUGACGAAAUCGAAGUCUACUAUAUGCAAGCACCAGUUUUCGAAGCAGUUUUUGGAAAUUUCUUUGGUAAGUUGGGUGGAUAUCAUUCAGCAAUUGGUUUCUAUGACCUUACAACUGGUUUAAAUUAUACAGCAGAAUAUGAUGCUUUCUUUGAAGUAGGAAAUGGUACAUUACCAAAUAUCAUAAAUGUCGAUGGUAAAGAUGAACUUUUAUGGUGUAAUGCUGGUAUCCUUUGUACUGUUCCAUACAUUAAUGAAACUUAUUGGGAUAAAAACAUCUAUUCAACUGCUUCAAAAACUUAUAUGGGAACAAUUAAUGGUACUCAAUUAAAUCAAUAUAUCGAAUGGAUGCAACAAUAUAAUAUUUCAAAUCCAGUAUACCAAACAUGGGACGUCUGGAACAAUUAUGGUCAAGAUUUGUUUGUUCCAUCAACAACAUGUGAUGAUUUCACUCAACAAUCAAUCGAACAUUUAGGUAGUAUUGGUAUUAAUUAUAAUUGUUCAACAGUUUUCAAGAGAGAUUACAUUAAUCUUUUCACUGAAAAACCACAACCAAUCGAUUUCACAGAACAUUAUGAUGAUAUCUUUAAAUUCUAUGAAGCUGUAUUAGAAAUUAAAGAAGGCUCAAUUGCACAAAUCAUUGAAAGAAUUUUAUCAAUCAUUGGUUUAAAGAAAUAUAUUUACGUUCAAGGUGAAUAUUAUUUAUUAGAAUUAAAUUAUCCAUUUAUGAAUGCAAAAUAUGAUUAUAUCACAUUACCAGGUUGUCCAGCAAAUGGUAUCGAUUAUGAAAAUGGCAAUUUUAUUCAUCUCAAUUAG